ACAAACAGAAACAGAGACAGAAGUAGACGAAAGAAAGGAAGGAAGGAAAAGAGAGGGAGGAAGACGAGGAGGAGGAAGAGUGUGCCAUCGCUCGAAUUCAGUUCAGGAAUCUCACGUUGUUUGCUGAUUGUGGGUGGGUUCGGUGGGAGUGCAUCGUUGUCUUCGUGAUUGCAAGGCUCAGGAGGAGGAUCUUUCAGGGACCAGGGUAGGGGAGGACGCAGCAGGGUCAUCGAUUGAUUGGUAGGAGAGAGAACGAGAGAUUAAGGGGGUUUGAUUUAUUGUAGUAGCUUCUAGUCCCCCCCACCCAAUUUUUCACUAUGUUUUCUAGGAUAUUCGGGAAGCCCAAGGAGGAGCCCUCCACUCUCAGUACGCUCGACAAGCUGAAUGAGACCUUGGAGAUGCUGGAGAAAAAGGAGAAAGUGUUGCAAAAGAAGAUAGCUAUGGAGAUUGAGAAGGCGAAGGAGUUUACGAGGUUGAAGAAUAAGAGAGCUGCGAUUCAGUGUUUAAAACGGAAGAAGCUGUAUGAAGUCCAAGUAGAGCAACUCGGCAACUUCCAAUUGCGUAUUCAUGAUCAGAUGAUCAUGUUAGAGGGUGCGAAAGCAACAACUGAAACCGUGGAUGCUCUGCGUAGCGGUGCUUCAGCUAUGAAGGCCAUCCAGAAAGCCACAAAUAUUGAUGACGUGGACAAGACAAUGGACGAGAUCAACGAGCAGACUGAGAACAUGAAGCAGAUCCAGGAGGCACUUUCAACGCCUAUUGGCACAGCAGCUGAUAUUGAUGAGGAUGAGUUGGAAGCUGAACUUGAGGACCUCGAAGGGGCCGACUUGGAAGAACAGCUCAUUCAGCCUUCUACUCACCAACUUCCCCAGGCUCAAACAUAUAGGCCUACCCCAGUCCCUGCUAAGAAACUUCCCACCAAGAACACUGAGGAGGAAGACGAACUUGCAGCCCUCCAAGCUGAAAUGGCUCUUUAGAGACAAAUCACCGGCGCCUCCCAUCGCCUUAUGAAGAUUCAGAUCUCCUCACAAGUAUUUGUUCAGAUUUGUAUCAGUAUUCCAACUUGAUAAACAAGUGGGGGCCUUCUCUUUCGAACGCUCCAUCUGAAUGUGAAGAUCACCGUGGGAACUGAAUCGUCUUCCAACAUCUGGGUGUUGUUCCGGAUGGCACAAUCCUCUUGGCGGGCACAUUGGUAUGUGCGUUUGCUCCCUACACUUCCUUUGUUGCUUGGAAUGACGAGAUGACAUGCAGAAAGUUAAUAAGGUUUUUUUGGCUAAGCCGCGUGGAAAUAGGUUUUAGGUGUCAUGAAUUUGGCAUAGGUGUCCAUGUUUCUUUUCCUCCCUUUUGCGUUGUACACGAUCAGCAAUCGGACUGUUAUCGACUGCUCUUGCUGUUGCCCUCCUCUUCCCCCAUCAACCAUUCUGUAGAACUGAAAACUGCGACAUCGCUUUGUUUUUUUUGGCUGCUUGGACAUACUGAGUCUGCAUGAGAUUCAGCGAUUUACUGCAUAAUUCAGUGAGAUAAAUGUUGAUGUUGAAAAUUUUAAUUGUAUUUAGUAUUUUUCACUCGUA